GGCACAGUGGCGCUCUGUUGUUUUCGCUCUUUCGCAAAGACUCUGUCAGCUGGUCACAGGAAGCCGCUGUAGCGUAUCAUGAGUAAACAGGAGCGUGAAAGCUCAUACAUUUAAUUCUUGUCGUUGGGUGUACGGCAGUUUUGGUCAGGAAACGUGUGAACCGCUAAUCGUUGGCUCACUCUCAGCCGUCCUCCACCUCCGCCACAUUAACGUUAGCUUAGCCUGCUAGCGUUCCGCGACAUUAUGGCAUGCGUGUUAAUGGGAGAGCUCUUCCUCAUUGCGUACACCUAAAGAGGCAGUUCUGCUUUCAGUAGCUGACCUAGUGGAUGAUAAAUCCUCAGAGACUUCUCGUAAAAGGCUCACAAACUGCCAUGGAACCGUGCGCGGCUAUGGGCUGUGUGAACAUGGGCAGUCUGACCAGCACCUUACCGGUGAUCCCCUACCAGAAGCUCACAGACCUGUACUACCUGAGCAGAGGCGGCUUUGGCACCGUGUUUAAGGCGCAGCACUCCGACUGGAGGACCACUGUGGCCAUCAAGUGCCUGAAGUUCGACUCGCCUUUCGGGGAAAGAGAGAGGAACUGCCUGCUGAAGGAGGCUGAGGUGCUCCACAAAGCCAGAUUCAACUACAUCAUCCAGAUCUUUGGCAUUUGCAAUGAGCCAGAGUUCUUCUGCAUUGUCACAGAGUUCAUGAGCAAUGGCUCUCUGGACCUGUUGCUCCACGAGAAGGACAUGUACCCAGUUCUUGCCUGGCCUUUGCGACUGAGGAUUCUUUAUGAAAUUGCACUUGGGGUCAACUUCCUUCACAACAUGAACCCACCGCUCUUACAUCAUGAUCUAAAGACACAGAACAUACUGCUGGAUGGUGAAUUUCAUGUUAAGAUUGCAGACUUUGGCCUUUCAAAGUGGCGGCAGCUGUCUGUUAGUAAAGGCUCAGGGUCCAAACCCACAGAGAUGGGCGGCACAGUCAUCUACAUGCCCCCUGAGGAGUACGAACCAUCCAAGAGCCGCCGUGCCGAUGUGAAACAUGAUAUGUACAGCUAUGCCAUCAUAAUGUGGGAGGUGCUGUCCAGGCAAAUACCAUUCGAAGAGGUGACAAACCCCAUGCAGAUUAUGUUCAGCGUAUUGCGCGGUAUGCGUCCUGACACAAGCCUGGAGAGCCUGCCCGCUGAGAUCCCCAGCAGAGGGACCCUUAUCAGUUUAAUGACCUGCGGCUGGACCUCUAACCCUGACGAACGGCCUUCCUUCCUCCAGUGUUUGAUUGAGCUGGAGCCCAUGGUGAGAACGUUUGAUGAAAUAGACUUCUUGGAGGCCGUGCUGCAGAUCAAGAGGUCAAAGUUGAGGCAGAGAUCAGGCUGUUGUUCAGCUCAGACGGUGUGUGAGAAGAGGAGUGAGAAGGGAUCCCUGAACAUGCUGAAGAACAGUCCCAGCCCCUGGCCAGAGAGUUCAGGCUCGGGCUCAGCCUCUUGUUCUUCCCAGGACACAGACAUAUCCCAACCAGGUGACCUCAUCAGCAGUAAUGCUGCACCGUCUAAAGGUAGUCUUCCACCGUCAUUCAUAACUAAUACUCUGGAGCCUCCAGAGUCUCUGAAGGACCACAGCCAAAUCAACAAUCUCAACGACUUCCAGAGCGCCAGGCCCCUGAAAGAUUUGAACAUUCCCAUCAAGCCUGGCCUGCCGGUGACCGAGUGUGAGACUCGACUGGACAACCUCACCCUCAAGCCACAGCCUCAGCAACAAGUGAAUUACACUCCUCCAUUGCAGCAGUCCCCACCCUCACAAGGCCCCAUCGCCCAGUGGAUCGCAACACGGCGUGAGGAGAUCGUCCUCCAGAUGACAGAUGCCUGUUUGAACCAGAGCUUGGACGCCCUGCUGGCCCGCUCCAUGCUGAUGCGAGAGGAUUACGAACUUGUGGUGAACCAGGCCACUCGCACCGCCAAGGUCCGCCAGCUCCUGGACAACUGUCACAGACACAACGAAGACUUCUGCCGCAUUGUCGUCCGCAAGCUGCACGACAACAAGCAGAUGGGUCUUCAGCCGUACCCGGCCGAAAUCAGCUCCCCUACCGCAGCCAUCGUCCCCAGCGCACCGCCAAUGUCCACGUCCUACAAUAUCCCCAGGAACAUGUAGCAGCAGUUUCAGCCAAGCAAUGGAAAAUAUCCAGUUUACAGUCUGUUCCGACGUUACACUAAAGUUGACGAUUACUGGUCCCGCUGUCAUCAAGAUGGUCACCAUGUUUCCUGCCGGUUUUUCCCCGAAAAGGAUUGAGAAAAACACGUCACAGGUACUGAACCAAACUACUGGUUGGAAAGUUAAUAUCCACUCAUCAGUAAGAGACGGAUUCGAUUCUGUAUUAUCAGAAUCAAAAGAUUUUGACUGAAUCAUCGAUUUUAUUUAACAAUGUUCUGGAUUAAAUGAGGUGAUUUAUUUAUAGUAUUCACACACUGAGUGGAUGUAUUCCAGGGUUUCACUCAUUUUGGUAUGUUACCAUUAGUUAUGUAGCCUAGUAUUUUUAUUUAUGUGUGUGUGCGCGUAUGCGUGCGUGCGUGCGUGUGUGUGUGUGUGCGCGCGCGCAGCCUUAUUUGUAGAAUGCAGACAUCCUCGAUACACUCAGUUGAUCUGAGUAAGUGACAGGACGACUGUUAACAUGCUGGUAAAUCUGCAAGAAAAAUAAGAUGUAUUCCUAUUAUAGCAAUCUCAUCUAAAAGUAUCAUGUAGUUAUGGGUUGACUUUCCUGACAAUGUGUCCCACCUGUGAAGGGGUACGUGGCCCUCAAAGGAACAAAGGGUGUCUGUCUUGGUUUGAAGCACAUAUCCAUUGAUAAACCAAUGAGAAAAUGCAUCAUCAAGUGCUGUACAAGAAAUACUCCAGAGCUAAUGAUAGCAAUCUAACCACGUGUUCUUGAACUUUAACAGUGCCACGUAACUCAGCUGAAAUGUUGGAUUGAGUUGUGAUUUUGGUAGACUGUGACUGUGUGGAAAGUUUUCUUUCCUCCCUCUCUUUUUACCACUGAGCUAAAGAGAGUCACUGGGACCUGGUGUAAAGAGGAAGUUGAGAUUGUAAUAUAACACCCAGAAGGAGAAGGAUGUGUAUGUAUGUGUGUGUGUGUGCGUGCGUGUCUGCAUGUCAAAGUGGACUAAAGUGAUCUGCCCUCUGAUUUCUUUUGGUCUUCUCAGUAGUGGCAUCACCUCUCAGUAUUCUUAAUAAUGUUCACUUUAGACACUUCAGACUCAUCUGGAUGCUUCAAGAGUUAAAGUUCUUCCAUGCGCUCUGAGCUAAGAUUGAAAAUUAAGAGUCACAUUUUUAUCCUGCUGAGUUGAGACAAAUGCAAUACAUGAACAGAGUAAAUCAAACCCGCUUUGCUUGUAGCACUGUACGGUACAGUCUAAGCUGUCACGCUGCUCAGUUUAUUACUCUUUAAUUGUGAAACUUUUUCUACUGUAUGUGUGCUGCCUAAAUCUGCUCAAACUGACAGUAAGACUUGUAAAAUCUGUUUCUUCUAGACAUUCAGCAAGGCAUAAAUCUGUUCAAUGCAAGAAAAUACAUCGACAUGAAAACGGUAGCAUCAUUUUAUCUCUAUAUAUAAGAGUAAAACCUGUUUGUCAGCCCCAGAAUUCACUGUCACUUCAUUCAAAUGUCUAACAUGUAAUGGAUAUUCUUUGUGCCAAAAUACAUUGUAGUAAAGAAACAAAUGAUUUCUAUUCCCAUGACACGCUCGUUACUUUCAGUCCUCCUUAACUCAUUUGUGUUUGUGUGUGCGCGAGUGAUAGAGCUGCAUCUAAUGAUGAUUUUCAUUGUCGAGUAACUGGAUGAUAAUUUUCUCAUUUGGUCUUUUAUGGUUCAGAAAAUGGUAAAAACAAAAAAUGCAGUUCACUGUUUCCCAGAGCCCAAGGUGACAUCUUUAAACUGUUGGAUUUUUUCUGAACAACAGUCAAAGCCCAAAGGUAUUUAGAAGACUGAAGACUAAGAAAACAAAGCAAAUAUUUACAUUUAAAAAGCUGGAAUCAGUGAUUUUCCUUUGGUAUUAAUGCUUCGAAAUAACUUUAUCAAUUAAGUGAUUAUUAUAAUAUUCUGACCAUCAACUAAUCAUAUCAGCUCUAGUGUGUAUGUGUAUAGUUUCUCAUGAAGAGCCUUACUGCCGUCGUCACUACUUUCACUUUAUCAAAUGGGUGCUCACAUUACAGUAUUGUAGCUACGGUCUGUAUAUCCAUACAUUCAUCACAGAAUAACCUUUUGUUUUCUUUCCAUUUCUCUACAUAAAUGCACUUCCUCAUUGCUCAUUAUGUGGAUACACAGGCUCCCUGUCAUUAAGUCCAAAAUAAAUUGCAGUUCAAUAACAACUGCACUUUGAACUACACAGUGGGAAAUGGACCCCAGCAGGUCAUUCUUACAAGAAAUAUUACACAGUGAUGUAACGUCAUUUAAAUGACAACAGGAAGGCCAACAAGGUCGAUAUGCUUCCAUGAUGUUGGACUUGUAUUGCCUUGUCUUUGAUAACUGUGCCUCAUAUUCUGCUUUGAGUCUCAACUAUAGUAAUGUGCAAAAGCCUUUUACACACAUAUCAAGCAAGGAUGAGUAAAAAUGCUACAAAUUUAAUAGCCUAAAUAUGUUUAACAUAUUUUGUAUUGUAGAUGAUGGUGUCAUCUUUUUAUAUGUAUUUUCAUCCGUGAUCAGUUGUUAAAAACUCAUGCAUUGUUUUGUUUUUUUUAAGUGUUGAUUUGAUAUUCGUAGCGUUGCCUGGCCCAUAAUUUGGGACAUAAUUUAGUGCCCGUGUCAUUAUCAAUGUCAGUUUAUCAGUAAUAUUAUGUGUUACAUAAAGUUCAGUUGAUGUGAAGCUGUGGUUUCAACAACUAGGUAUUUUUCACAAACUGUAUCAAACGCAUUAAAAUUGGUACUCUGUUUUUA